AUGGUCAAGGUAUUGCUUACUGGAGGCAGUGGAUUCAUUGCUGCUCACGUUCUCGACAUUCUUAUUGAGAAGGGCUAUGAGGUUGUCACUACAGUGAGAUCUCAGCAAAAGGGUCAGAAAAUCCUUGAUGCUCAUCCCAAGGUUUCUAAAGAUAAACUGUCAUAUGUCAUUGUUGAGGAUAUUGCUCAGCCAGGUGCUUUCGACGAGGCUGUCAAAUCGGAACCUGGUUUCGACGCCGUUAUUCACACUGCUAGUCCUUUCCACUUCAAUGUCGUCGAUCCUGUUAAGGACUUGCUCGAUCCUGCUGUAAAUGGUACUGUCGGUAUUUUAAAGGCUAUUAAAGCUCAUGCUCCAACUGUUAAGCGGGUUGCUAUCACUUCUUCUUUCGCUUCCAUCAUCAACGCUUCUCAACACCCUGAAACUUACUCUGAAAAGGACUGGAAUCCUGUCACUUGGGAACAGGCUACCGAUCCUAAAGAUCCUGCUACUACUUACAGAGGUAGCAAGACUUUUGCUGAAAAGGCUGCCUGGGACUUUGUUGAGAAAGAAAAGCCCAAUUUCACCAUCACCACCCUGUGUCCUCCUCUGGUAUUGGGUCCUAUUGUACACUAUCUCAAUUCGCUCGAUGCUAUUAACACAUCUAAUGCUAGAGUUCGUGACUUUAUUCAAGGAAAGUACAAAGGUCAAUCCGAAUUGCCUCCUACUGGAACGUUUAUCUGGGUUGAUGUAAGAGACUUGGCUCUUUCCCAUGUAUUGGCAAUUGAAAAGUCUGAAGCUGAAAACCAAAGAUUCUUCAUCACUGCUGGUUAUUUCAGCAACAAGAAGAUUGUAGAAGCUAUCCGCAAGAGUCACCCCGAACUCUCUGACAAACUGCCUCUUUCUUCUGCCAAGGAUGACACUCCUGAAGGAGUCUAUGGCUAUGACAAUUCCAAGUCCAUUAAACUGCUUGGUCUCAAAUACAGUCCAUUCGACGCUGCUAUCAAGGACACCGUCGACUCUCUGCUUGAGGUUGGCGCUUAG